AUGAGAAAGAAACUGAAAUUUUUGAACCAGGGUUCUGAUUACAUAGUUGUGGGUCUCCAGUCUCCACUGUUGGUCUCUUUUAUGCUUCUAUUGGGAGAGUCUCUUUUGUUUUUGGCAACCACGGAUAUAGGACAGGUGAAACAGUUGGAGUCUGUUCCUGAUCUUGAGAAGUUAAUGUACAUGGUUGUUGAUGGAUAUCCUUGUGUACGACUACUCAGCCUUUCAGGGGAGAUUGGCUGUUCAAGUAAGAAAUCUAAGCCCGAUAUUGCAUUGAACCCCAACUUUGCUCAAGCUAUCAAUUCAGACAUUGCUCCUGUCCUUAUAACGUUAAUGAAUUUGUUUACUCAGAUCCUGGACGUGACAAAGUUGUUGCUCCGAUUGUAA